GAUGUCCAUGAUUUGAUCAAAUUUUCAAAAAAUGUAAUUAAAAAGAGUAAUCUAUGAAUUUAUAAUUACGUUUUCUCAAUUAGACCUUCAUCUUUAGAUUAAGUCCUUAAUUAGACCUAUAGAAUAAAUAAGCAUUUACCAAUGUUAUUUGACAGAUCAAAGCACUCAGAAUGGUAUUUAAUUUCUGGCAAAAUAAUGGCAUUAUUAUUUAUACGCUACUACAUUUGAAUAAAAUUGGACGUAUUAAAAUCGAAAUUAAAAAUACAAUAAGCUUUGUGAGAAUAGAUUUCGGUUUUAAUCAUUAUGUGAAAUUGAUAAUGUCAUGUAUGAUAUGAAAAUAUUAAGAGCAGUGUUUCGAACGUGGAAUACAGCAGAGUAUUGUACGUUAAAUCUAUCGUACGUUAGUCAAUGGCCUGCGUUUGGAAUUAAUAGUGUUUUCCCGUUGUAAAUCACGUUUUUAUCACGUUCAUUUAUCUAAUUUCUUGUUUUUAAAACAUGACAACUCUUAGGCCUUUUACGUGCAACGAUUUAUUCAAGUUCAAUAAUGUAAAUCUAGACCCACUCACGGAGACAUAUGGACUUUCUUUUUAUACACACUAUUUGGCACACUGGCCAGAGUAUUUUCAAGUAGCAGAAUCGCCAAGUGGAGAAAUUAUGGGUUACAUUAUGGGAAAGGCAGAAGGACAAGGGGAGAACUGGCAUGGUCACAUAACGGCUCUUACAGUUUCUCCUAAUUACAGGAGAUUAGGUUUGGCUGCAAUGUUAAUAGAAUUUUUGGAGAGGGUUUCAGAAAAGAAACAAGCGUAUUUUGUAGAUCUCUUUGUAAGAGUUAGUAAUAAGGUGGCUAUCAAAAUGUAUCAGCAAUUGGGAUAUAUUGUAUACAGGACUGUUUUAGAAUAUUACAAUGGAAAUCCAGAUGAGGAUGCUUUUGACAUGAGAAAGGCACUUUCAAGAGAUAUAAAGAAAAAAUCAGUGAUACCACUAACUCAUCCUGUGAGACCUGAAGAAAUAGAUUGAAUUUACAGUAUGUAUAUUACGGAUUUAAUGUAAAGCAAAUGACAGGUUUUAUGGCCAGCUUAAAAGAUAUUUAAUUGUAAUUAUGAGACAAUGUUUUUAAUAAAUAGACUCUUAAAAUAUA